AUGAGAAAAUGGUGCCGUGCCGAAAGGGAGCAUGUACCGUCCGGCUCUCGCUACACCUCAUCGACCAUGCAGGCGCCACCAACUUCACUCAGGCGCAGGUUGUCAUACCUUGUUGCUCCUACAUUGUUGUUGUCCUGCGCUGGCCUUACCAUUGGACUCGCCUAUGCUCCCUGUUAUAGCUCGUACUGCGUCGAGUACUUCUUUCCGUACCACACUCGCAUCCACAUCGCGCUGUUCUACAGCUUGUUGGCGGUGAUAGGCCUGUCACUGACCGCUCGAACAUGGUCGCUACCGAUACAGAGACUUUCGCAAUGGCACUUUUCAGAGAAGCACGUACCUUUGGCAGGCAAGCCGCUCUCAGUUGGCGCCUUUGUUCUGGGCUUCCUGAUAGUAGGAGCAACAUUUGGAAGUACUGGAUACUGGUAUGAGGCACAACAGCAGUUCUGGUUUGAUCGUGGAGCGACGGUCGACUGGACUGAACACAUGUUCCGACUUGCCUGGUGUGGGAUCACGGGCCAUUGGUGCGACAUCUGGGCAGGACUGGUCGUCAUCCCAGUGGGCAGAAACAGUAUUCUAGGACGAACGUUCAACAUCCAUACCUCGACAUUAUUGCUGGUACACAAGCUCCUGGCUUACGGCCUCUUCGCAUUCGCCAUCAUCCGCGGGCUGUUCUUCUUCUCGUGGCUCGAUGUAUACCUCAAAGCUUCCUAUGAAGUACAAGGCCAUUUCCAAACCGACAACCCAGCCUACACCUGGGAAGAGACGGAAGCGAUGGGCUACUACUACGCUUUCACUCUCCCCAUCGCUCUGAUCGCAGGCUGGCUACUGAUUCCAGCGAUGGUCAUCACGGGACUACCCUGGCUGAGACGAAACCACUACAACACCUUCUACUUCACCCACAUCAUCCUGGCCUUUCUGGUCAUCUGGGCACUUUGUAUACACAGCAGCACAGGGUUCUACUUCCUUCUGCCUGGCAUCAUAUUAUGGGUGGCUGACUGGGCGUGGCGGGUGUCGAAUUCGUUGUAUGCCAAGCAGCAGGUUCAGAUCGAGUAUGCAGGCAACGACUGGUACCGCAUUCGACUGCCCUGGGGCUCUAAGAUCAGCUCGGGCAACUCGGAGAAGGCAUUGGAGUCUGGGCACGUCUCGGAUGAUAGUGAGAAGACAGUCGUUGCACCAUCGACCUCCAGUCCUAUUGCGACAUACUACAUCAACAUUGGACAGAUAAGCCGGCUCGAAGCUCACCCCUUCUCCGCAGUCUACUCCACCGUAUCAAACUCGGGUCCCGUGCUACUAUUCCAACGAGGUCCAGCGAAGAAGAAGGACAAGAAGCGCGAUAAGGAGUGGACGUGGAAGUUGAGCUACCUGGCCCACGACGCUGCAAACGAAGCGAACCCCCUAACAUUGCCCGCUAGGAUAGAAGGUCCCUACCACCACCACGUCCCAGAAAUGCACGCCGCGAAUCACAUAUUCCUCCUCGUUGGAGGCACCGGCGUCACUGGCGCCCUCUCAAUCGCAAACUGGUGGGCCGGCAAAUACGAUGCUUCCGAGCAACCCGCGCAGAGGUCUCUUCGCUUACUGUGGAGCACGCGAGGACAGGCAGAUUGGCAAUUACAAGAAGUCGAAGACCUCCGCCGUCUAGCGCAGGAAUGCCCAAACAUGGAGCUUGUACUACACGACAGCACGCAAUCCGGACGAAUCGAUCCUCACACUGCUUUGAGCGACUUCCUGGGAUCCGUGCCUGCCGAGUCGACAUCGUCCACCCUUGGAUGGGAGGGCGCGAAGAGCCAGAAGGAAGGUUCUGCCUGGACUUAUGUUUCUGGGCCGGGGGGAAUGAUGAAGAGUGCCGAAGCUGCUUGCGUGCAGCAACAGAUUGCAUUGCGGAGAGUGGGCAAGACAGGUGCGAGGGGUAUAAGGGAUCUGAGUUGGUAUAUUUCAAACUUCAAUGUCUGA